AUGUGGUCAAAUAUGAACAAUGCACAGGGAAGUAAUGCCGUUUCCCCUGUUACUCCUUCUGUGAAAGACUUGGUGAAGGUUUUAUAUGGAGGGAAGAGAUUUGGAAAUCGUGUGGAUGAAGUUUGGCCUGACUUAUUCAUUGGCGACAUGUCUGUAGCCAACGAUCGUUACAGUCUAUGGAAGCUGGAAAUCACUCACAUUGUGAAUGCUGCUCAUGGGAGGAUGCACUGUCAGGGGAGUCAUGACUUCUAUGGCUCCACUGUAGAUUAUUAUGGAGUGCCUGCUGAUGACUCACCGUCCUUCGACCUCUCUCGCUAUUUCUUUCCAGCUGCUGAGUAUAUUCAGAGUGCACUUGACACAGCUGGUGCUCGUGUUUUUGUGCACUGUGCAGUCGGAGUGAGCAGGUCAGCCUCCCUCGUCCUGGCCUACCUAAUGAUCCAUCAUCAUUACUCUCUUCUAGAGGCCAUCCAUAAGGUCAAAGAGCGGAGGUGGAUAUUUCCAAACACAGGAUUCCUCAAACAGCUUUGUGCAUUGGAUGUGAAGCUACGCGUGACUAAUCCUCUGUGGGAUUUGUACCACAGAUUCACCCAAAUCGAUCAAAGAGAGGGGGGAUUUGGACUGAAAAUGUCAUCCAUGAAAGGAAAGAGAAAAGAAUAUCUGACUGUGAAGGAUCUGCAGAAGGUUUUGGAUUCUUGCAAACUACAUCUCAAUGAAGUAGAUGAGGUGUGGCCAAAAAUAUACAUAGGGAAUGUGGCAGUUGCCCAAAACAAGGCUGCUCUGCUGAAAUUAGGUAUAACUCACGUAUUAAAUGCUGCACACUCCAAGCGAGGCAGCAUAGGGAACCAAAGCUUUUAUGGCAACACCAUUGUGUACUGUGGCAUUCCUGCAGAAGACUCCACGCACUUUGAUCUGGAUGUUUACUUCCAGCAUGCAGCUGAUUUCAUUCAUAAAGCUCUCAAGUCACCUGAUGGGAGGGUUCUGGUGCACUGCAUCAUGGGAAUGAGCCGGUCAUCGACCUUGGUGUUAGCUUACCUCAUGAUCUACCGCCACCUCACACUCAAACAGGCUUUGCAGAAACUACUUCAGAAGAGAGCGAUCUAUCCCAACAGGAAUUUCCUGGCUCUGCUGCUGGAUCUGGAUCUUCAGCUGACGAAGAAAAAGAAAACUUGUCAGAUCCUUUAA